UUACAUUCGACCGCACACAUUGACCCACCACCUCUCCCAUUUCUCACAGUCAAUACGGAAGCCGAGCACCAUGGUGGCUUCAAAAAGUCCCAAGGCCGCGAAGGUCGCGCCGCGGUAUACAGAACGUGUCAUGGGCGCGAUGUCCCAAAUCCAGCGUGAGACGCACAAACAUGCCAUCCGCACUGCGAGCAUCCACGCGCGCGUCCAGAAGAUGGCGCAGGAGCGGAAGGAGAAGCUAGGCCCACAUUGGAAGACGUUCGUCACGAAGGCCAUCGGCGUCUUGACGGAAGAAGGCAUCCUGGAGAAAGAUCAUGGGGCCUAUGCGUUGUCGCUCAGUGGCAAGAAGAUUAUUGCUACUGCCCGCCGCGCGCUGGACCUCCCGAGCAACAGCCAAGACAUGACGAUCGAGCAAGAGGUCGACCUGUGGAAACAGGUGCUCCGCACGCCAAUUGCCACACCAACUCGCAAGCGGCUGCGCAACUCGCGUGUGCCCGCAGGGGAUGACUCGGACGACGAGCUCGUGGAGUUGCCGUCAUCGCCGAUCAAGGGUCGUAAGCGUGCGCGGACGUCAUCGGCUGCUGCAAGUCACCGACCAGUGCGGGAGCCGACGCGUGAGCCGCCUUCGCCCUUGACGGAGCUAGAGGAAAGUAUGGAGAACGUGUUGGUUCCUACGCCGGCUACCGCCAGUGCCCGUCCUCGUCAAUCUCGUUCCUUCAUCGACCAGCUGAGCAAACAACCAACACCCGCGCCGACAGAGAUGGAAUUGCACGAUGACAUCACCGAUGAACCGGCCUACAUCGAACUGCCAGCCUCUGCAGAUAAUUAUAGCGCGACCCCAGUGGAGAGCCUGAAGGAGGAACUUGCCAAGGCAGAAAGCGCCGUCGUGGCACUUAGCCGUGAACUGAGAGAUCUUCGCGAGCAACGGACGACUCUGGACUCUGAACUGGCCAGGACGAGAAAGCGGGCCGAUGCCAAUGCGGCUGAGAAAGUCAUGCUGGAGGCGCAGCUAGCCGCUGACGUUCCUCGGACCGACGAGGCGGAUCUUCUUGCCCAGAUCGCCCAUCUUGAGGGCGAGAAAGGUCAGCUCCAGCAAACGAUUGCGACUAAAGAUGUCCGUAUUUCACGUUUGGAGGAACGAAACGAAUCACUUGCCCAGGAUGCCGUCGAGCUGAAUGCGAAGCUCGCAGUUUUACGUGACGCUGCCGAAGCUUUGAAGCCUCAAAUGGAUGCUCUCGACAGUGCCUUGGCUGAACGGAUCAGCAUCCAAACGGUCUUGGAAGCACAAUUGGCUGCAGCAAAGAAGGAAGCCGAGGAUAUGCGGUUGAAAGUCGGUGUAUUCGAGACUUCGACUCGUCUACUCCGGACGGAGAUCGAGUCGAAGGCAGCACAACUAAGCGAACGAGAAGCUGAGCUCGGGGGUGAGCUAACUGCGAAGGCCGGAGCGAUGUCUGCUUUGGAGAGUCGAAACGCCGAGCUCGCAGCCUCCCUGAAUGAGGCUCGCAGCAAGAUGAUCGAAGCCGAGGCCGCAAGAUCCUGUCUGGCUGACCGAUUUUCCGAAGCAGAGCUGCGCAACUCGUCCUUCCAGGCCACCAUUGACGAGUUGCGUCUGGCUGAAGGCCGAGCGGUGGCAAGCAUCGAGCAGCUGUCCGCCGAGUCGGUUAAGCAGCUUGGGAUUCGAGACGAAACAGUUGCUGCACUCAAAUCUGAGCUCUUGACUGCACAAGAAGCUACGCGCGUGCAAGCGGCCCAAGCAGAAGAGACACUGACAGCUCUGACUUGGCAGCUGGCGCACACGCAAGCCAGCCACGCCGCCCUAGAAUCCACGCUGGCCGUGACGAGCGAGAAAUCACGCUCGGAGCUGGAGGCCGCUUCGGCCAAGUCCGCCGAUGUGUCCGCAAAGCUCGAGGAGGCUGUCAAACGUCUAGGCGAGGUGGAGACGCGCUUGCAUAUCGCCGGGAGGAAGCACACGUCAGAGAUCGCUGACAAGGACGUGAUCCUGACGACGCUCAAUGAUACGCUCGUAUCGGCUCGGGCAGAUGUCCAGGACAUGGUCCAGAAGCUUGCGCAGGCAGAUCGGGACCGAGGUCAGCUGCAUGCUGAUGUUGUCCAGAUAAAGGGGGAUUUGCAAGCCGAGAUGGCGAAUACACGUGAUAUCGCGGCGGAGCUGGAGAGCGAGCGCGCGAAGAGGGCGCAGGCCGAGACGUCUUUGAACGAGGUCCGAGAGCUGAGAGAGGCUGAUGUUGCGACCAUUGGUGCGCUCCAGGACAAGUUCGCCCGGCUCAAGGACGCCCAGAUGGAGUUGUGGGUCCAGUUUGAGCUGGCGAGACCGAGUGGCCAGCCGGUGCUGCCCCCCGCGUCGUCGAGCACCUUGUGAUUUGGUUGCGUUGCUGAUCUGCGCUAGUGUUGAUCUAUCUUGAUCGAAUCAUGACUUAUCUUAUUAUCCGGAUCUUCAGAUGCUUACUUACUUGUGUAUGUGCCUAUUUUCUGCCAUAAGUAAUUGUAGUUUCCGUGUAAGCCGUCGACACCCGAAGGAACGAAUAGAACCAGG